UCGACUAGAUCACUAGUUAAAUUCUACUUAAAAAUAUAUUGCGUUGAACAUUGGUGCGGGUGUUGUGUUUACCUCAAGUGGCCUGGCAGUGUGAAUUUAUUCUUAACGUCAGCCCGCCUGUCCCCAAACAGUGGCGCGUCAACGGUGAGGACGAGUGCUUUGAAUCCAGCACGUUCAGCUCGUCUCACCAAAUUCAUGGUGUAUUGGGAAUGUGACUCGGUGGUUGAAAGGUGGUUCGAUCUCCGAGGAUCGAUCCUCAGUUGACGCGUGGCAACCGUGUCUGCCCCAUGCAUUUUAUCGGGACAAUCUACCGACAACGGUUCCUACAUCGUAGAUAACAGCUGAUAAACCGAAUUUUCUACACAUGAGGUUAGUUUCGAGUAGGUAGUUCGUCGAGCCGGUGGCCAGCGGCAAGUUUUCGCGAGUGUCGUCGUGCACGCGACAUGACCGUUUCACGAUAAUGAGGAGGAAUGUGAUAAGCCUGAUAAAGUUCUUUUCUCUGGCCGCUUUUACCGUUUUCCUGACCGUCGUGAUAUUUCGGUUCGUGAGGACGUCGCCUAACCAUGAGGCCACGACGCCGGUAGCCGCGCUCCUCGUCGCCGACGGUGACAGUCCGAAGGGUUUCCCCGAUUCAAGACAGUCUUUCAACGGGCAUCUCAAUCAGGAUGAAGAUGGGAAGAUCGAUUGGCACGAUUACAAAAGCAUGGCAGAGGACGCGAAGAGAAACGGGAUGGGCGAGCAUGGGAAGCCAGCGUUCCUGUCGCCCUCCCUUGACAUGUUAAAGGAGAAACUGUAUCAGGUAAAUGGUUUCAACGCUGCACUCAGCGAUGAGAUCUCCAUGAAUCGUUCUGUACCCGACAUUAGGCACCAGGAUUGUAAAAAGAAGAAAUACUUGAAGAACCUCGAUUCGGUUUCUGUGAUAGUCUCUUUCCAUAACGAACACUUCAGCACACUGAUGAGAACUUGCUGGAGCGUCGUCAAUCGUUCGCCAGAGUCCCUUCUCAAAGAAAUCAUACUGGUCGACGAUGCCAGCACCAAGGUUAAACUGAAGAAGCCAUUGGACGAUUAUGUUGCAGAGCACUUGCCUAAAGUGAAGAUCGUGAGGCUGCCCACACGUUCUGGAUUGAUUAAAGGUCGACUGGCUGGUGCAAAGAUAGCGAAAGCUAAAGUACUAGUGUUCUUAGAUUCCCACAGCGAAGCCAAUGUCAAUUGGUUGCCACCUCUGCUAGAGCCGAUCGCACAAAACUAUAAGGUUUGUGUCUGUCCGUUUAUUGAUGUGAUAGCUUACGAGACAUUUGAAUACAGAGCGCAAGACGAAGGUGCCAGAGGUGCUUUCGAUUGGGAACUGUACUAUAAGCGAUUGCCACUGUUGCCAGAAGACCUCAAAAACCCCACAGAACCAUUUAAGAGUCCUGUCAUGGCAGGCGGGCUCUUUGCUAUCAGUGCUAAAUUCUUUUGGGAAUUGGGUGGAUACGAUCCCGAAUUAGAAAUAUGGGGUGGUGAGCAGUACGAAUUAUCAUUUAAAAUCUGGCAAUGCGGAGGUCAGAUGUAUGACGCUCCCUGCUCGAGGGUAGGCCACAUUUAUCGGAAAUUCCCUCCUUUCCCUAAUCCAGGCAAAGGAGACUUCUUGGGGAAAAACUACAAGCGAGUGGCAGAAGUCUGGAUGGAUGAAUACGCAGAGUAUAUUUAUAAAAGACGUCCUCAUUUAAGGUCAUUGAAUCCCGGUAAUCUAACCGAACAACGAAGUCUGAGGCAGAAGUUACACUGUAAACCGUUCAAGUGGUUCAUGGAGAACAUAGCUUUCGACUUAGUCGACGUGUACCCUCCCAUAGAGCCCGAUGACUUUGCAUCAGGAGAGAUUCGCAACAUGGGCGUGCCUGAAUUGUGUCUGGAUACGAAGAAGCAGAAAAGAGACGGACUUGUCGUGGUCGACAUCUGCAUGAAGGACAAUCCCAAAAUCGAGGGAGAACAAGAAUUCCGGUUGACUUGGCACAAAGACAUCAGGCCAAAGGACCGCACCGAAUGCUUCGACGUUUCCAGAGGGGACACGAAAGCUCCUGUGACUCUUUAUCCCUGCCACGGAGGCCAGGGGAACCAACUGUGGCGUUACAACGUUGAGAAGCAAUGGUUGAUGCACGGUUACUCGUCUAGGUGUUUAGACACAGACCCGGCAAGUAAACGGGUCUUCAUAACGAACUGCGAUUCGGCCUCUGCCACGCAGAAAUGGAGGAUCGAGAAAGUGAACAUGAAAGCCAUCAAUAAUUGGGACAACGUGGGACCCAAACGACAUUGAUCUCUUUCCCUUCUAUUGCCAUAGGUUGUGUAACCUUCGUUUAAGUAUCAUUCUCAUUCCGUAUGUGUAUAUAUGAACACACUUCCUUUACAUUAACUAGUCAUAGAGAAUCAGAAUUUCGUAUAACAGUUUCUUCUGAUACACACAUGAUUCUAUCCAAGAGACGAUGGUCUCGAAGGAUCAAAUUAUGUUACGCGUAUGGAUCAGGUAUUCCUUGUAAGUGAUACCGUCGUAUGAGAUUGUUCUUUUAAAGCAAUUCACACUAUUGUAAAUAUCUUGUGAACCCUCUGUUGUGCCUUACACGUAUAACUGCAUUUGAGACAUAUACAUUAAUUAUAGUGAUUACUUUGUAAAGGUAACGUUCGCUUCGACGCUCAAUUUUUUACAUACAACAGACUUUAUUAUGGAAGCACACGUGAGGAUAGGUGGGAAGAAACCGAUCGUCUAAAUUUCUUUAAUGCCAAAAUCUCGAGGCAGUUCUAUGGUAAACAAGCACCGAACGUUAAUCGAUCGUUUCCUCCGUAUUGUUAAGCGAAACUCGCCUGUACAAGUUGCUCGAAAUAAACCAGAAGUUCCAUACACGAUUGAAACACGACCGGCGAACGAUAAUUCAUUGAAGAUAUCUGCGAAACAUAUCAUUUCUGAACGCACAGAGCCAAGACAUCGAUCGCACGAUAACAAUUUCACGGACUCCGAUCACGCGAUGCCAUUUAUAUUUAUAAUUACGCAACAAUUAGUCACAGAGAGUGAGUGAGAGAGAGAGAGAGAGAGAAGAAAGAAAGGGAAACGGAACGAGUGAAAUGAAGAUGGAAUAUUUUAUGGAAAAAACAGAAGUAUUUUAUAAAAAAAGGAGAAUGAUAAAGAUUAAAUGAUAGCGCGUUGUUUUCAAUUUUCCUCUGUACUGUGUGUUCAAUUCCUGUGCUCCUGCGUGCAGAGCAACAUUCGCGAUGGACGGAAAACAAAUUUGAAUGCAACUGUGAUCACGGUAUGUUUUUGUUAAACUAUUUUUGUAAGACACGUUUGUAUGAUUUAAUAAAUA